AUGACCUCGCAUGGCCGCCGUGGCGUCACCCGCGUGCUGCUGGGCAGCCAGACCGCCGAAGUGCUGGCACGCAGCACGCUGCCGGUGCUGCAUUGCCUGUCGCGGCGGCGGCCCCCCCCGGCCGACAUUCCAGCGAGCGGACACCCGGUUGCCCGACAUGGCCGCGCGUACCGGCAGCCAGACCCUGCAGGUGCGUGGUUUCCGAGCGACGUCGGUGAGCAUCCACAACGAGGCAUCACGCCCGCCCACGUCCAGGCCGUGCUGGACGCGUACUUUGCACACCUGGCGCAGGGUGCCGACGUGGCGGUGCUGGACUUCGCCCAGCUGCAGGGGGCGGCGGAUGCGGUGACGGCGGCCUAUCGCAAGGCGGGUUUCCUGGUCAGCGUCGCCUACCUGCCGCCGCAGAAGCUCGAUGCCGAGGGCCGCAUCGAAGUGCGCGUGCUGGAAGGGCGCAUCGGCAAGGUGGUGGUGCAGGGCAACCAGCGUUACCGCAGCCAUACGCUCAGCAACGUGGCCGAACGCCUGCGUGGGCAGCCGUUGCGCCAGGCCGACAUCGACAGCGCGUUGCUGUACGCGCGUGACCUGCCGGGGGUUUCCGUUUCCUCGGUGCUGCAACCCGGCGAGAACGUCGGUGAAACCGACCUGGUGCUGGUCGCGCGUGAAAGCGGCCGGCCCUACGAGAUCAGCACCAGCGUGGACAACCAUGGCACCGAGUUGACCGGGCGCGGCCGUGCCCAGCUGGGGGUGACCUGGAACAGUCCACUGGGCCUGGGCGAUGUGUUCGCCGCCAGUGGCACGUAUGCAUUCGAUCCACAGGCCAGCCGUGCCGGCGCACUGUCCUACAGCGUGCCAUUGCAGGCGGUACAGGGUCUGUCGGUGCUGGCCGGUGCCAACCGCAGCGAGCUGGAGGUGGACGACGGCAUCCUGCGCGGCUUCAAGCUCAAGGGACCGGCGUCGCAGGCCUAUGCAGGUGCCGACUGGAAGUUCAUCAACCGGCCCGAUCUGCAGGUGACCAGCUCGGCGCGCUACAUCCGCGAAAGCUCGCGCUUUGAAGCGCUGGGGCUGGUUCUUUCCAAGCAGAAAUACGAUGUGGCCGAGGUGGGGGCCAGCGUGCGCCACAACGAUGCACGCUGGCAUGGCAUCAACCUGGCGCAGUUGAGCUUACGCCAGUCGCUGCGCGAUCGCUCGGCUGACUUCGAUGCGAUCAACCCGACACGUGACAGCCGGUUCAACGUGGUGCGCCUGGGCCUGCUGCGGCUGCAGUACCUCAGCCGCAGCCAACGCCUGCUGUUCAAGUUCAAUGGCCAGUACAGCAACAACUCGUUGCCGGCACUGGAGCAGUUCCAGGUCGGUGGCAACGACAGCGUGCGGGGAUACGCGCAGGGCGAGACCCUGGGCGAUCGUGGCUGGUACGGGGCGCUGGAGUACCACGUCGACGCGCCGGGCUUCGGCGAUGUGGCCUCGCCGUUCCGCGGCGUGCCAUGGCGCGAAGUGCUGGAGCUGGAUGUGUUCGCCGACCAGGCACGGGUGUUCGAUGUUGAUGGGCUGGAGGCACCGGCCGACCUGGCAUCGGUGGGAAUGGGCGCGACCUUCCGCCUGCGCCAGUGGAAGAACCUGGAACUGCGCGUGGCGGCGGCCAAGCCGACCAGCGCCCUGCGACCGGGUGACGGCCGCGAUGUCCGCGUGUAUGCGCGGCUUGGCCUGACCUUCUGA